CAUGGUAACGAAGAACCUGCUGGGACACAUUUGCCAGUGGCUGUGCCCUGCGUUCGCGACUUGUCAAACUCCCGUCAAGCCCUCGAGCAUCGUGCGGACCCAGCAACAUCAGCAGUAAACGUGGAAAGCUGAGUGAAAGGGAGUUCAUGGAUGGAGCAGUGAUUGCCGCAAGUAUUGUAGCACCGUGGCAGGGGAUGCAGGGCUGUGGUGAUGACGCUGAUAAAAUCGGUGACAGAAGCCUACUUCUCAUGUAGCUACCCUCGCUUGACCUCACUGCGGAAGGAGUAGUGGUGGCUUCAUCCCUGCAGUUGCCCAAAACUCGCUCCUUCCUCUUAAAAAAAUCAUCAAAAGUAAACCUUGCAUCGGAACAUUCACCUUAAAUCAUAACCUGCUGUACUUGUCCCCACUGCCAGUACUUUGGCACACCAAGCCAGUCACUAUGCAGAAGGCGGUGCGCUACGAAGAGACCCAGCUCCUCCACCUGGCUACCAGGGCCAAGACAGAUCACAUGAUCGCCGGCCACCUCCAGAAGAAGAGCUCAGACACUUUGAAAUGGAAGCAGCGCUUCUUUGCUCUCUACCAGAACCUUCUCUUCUACUUUGAAAGUGACACAGCCCAGCGACCCUUGGGAUGGAUUUUCUUGGAGGGUUGUUACUGUGAGCGCUUGCCGUCAACUCGGAACAGCAAGGACGAAAAUAAGCACUGGUAUAUCUCCAUUCACUACAAGAAUGAUGUCCAGCGUCAAUAUGAACUUCGAUGCGAGACGGAAGGAGAGUGCAAUGCAUGGAUUGAUGCCAUCCAACAUUCCAGCUUCAACACACUCCUACUGGAGAAAGAGGAAUUGGAGCAGAAGUAUCUGCAUCUUUUGCAGAUCUUGGACAGUGAGAAGACAGCUAAACUUGGACUGCGUCAACAGUGUGAGGACCUGACUAAGGAGGUUGUACGACUUAAAGCCGAGCUGCACAUGCUUCAGAAGAAAGAGCGGAAGCUGUCCAAUUCCAUCCAUGAACAUUUCUCGGAGGAGCCAGAGAACAUCAAAAAGAUCAAGCGGGUCCAGAGCUUUAUCCGGGGCUGGCUUUGCCGACGUCGCUGGAAGGCCAUCGUUCAGGACUACAUCCGCUCGCCGCAUGCUGAGAGCAUGCGCAAGCGUAAUAGCAUCGUCUUUGGCAUGGUGGAGUGCGAGCGGGAGUACGUGGAGCAGUUGUCAACGCUAGUCUCCUGCUUCCUACGGCCCCUCAAAAUGGCCGCCAGCUCCAAGAAACCUCUCAUCUCCCACGAGGAUGUUAACUCAGUAUUUCUCAACAGCGAGACUGUGUUUUUCCUGCACCAGAUAUUCUACAAGGGAUUGAGUGCAAGAAUGGAACAUUGGCCCAAAUUAGUGCUCGGGGACCUGUUCGACAUGCUGCUGCCCAUGCUGUGCAUCUACAACGAGUAUGUGCGCAACCACCACUACAGCCUGCAGGUGUUGGCGGAGUGUAAGCAGAAGAACCCCAUGUUCAACCAGCUGCUCAAGUGCUACGAGUCCAAGCCCAUCUGUGAGGGCCGGUCACUGGAGACGUUUCUCACCUACCCCAUGCAUCAAGUGCCAAGAUAUAUCAUUACCCUGCACGAGCUGCUGGCCCACACGCCGCAUGAUCACGUGGAGCGAAAGAGCCUGGAAUAUGCAAAGAACAAAUUGGAGGAACUCUCCAGGGUUAUGCAUGAUGAGGUGUCAGAGACUGAGAGCAUCCGCAAGAAUCUCUCCAUAGAGCGGAUGAUCGUGGAAGGUUGCGAGAUACUGCUGGAUGUACAGCAGAUGUUCGUCAGGCAAGGAACACUGACGCAGGUGAUGCAGGAGAGGACGAGGGUCAGCCGUACCAGACUAGGGUCGCUGGGGGCAAAGGUGGAGACCCGUAAGGAAGGGGUAAGGCAGUGUUUCCUCUUCACCAAGCACCUGCUCAUUACCACUAGAACAUCCGGAGGAAAGCUGCAUCUGGCCAAGGUCGGAGGAAAAAUCCCUCUGAUUGACACGGCCAUCGUGGAGGAUUUUGACCCAUUUGAUGAUGAGUCCAACCAACCCAACCAGUCAGACUACGACAAUCUGGACUUUAAGCUGAUUGUGGAUUCCAAGAGUGGACCUCCGUUAGUCGUCACCUUGGUGGCGCCGUCCCAUCAAGACAAGGCGGCAUGGACAAGUGACAUCAGUCAGUGCAUUGAUAACUUACAUUACAAUGGUUUGUUGGAUCCAUCAUUGGAAGAGAGCAGCUCCUCUAUUCAUCUGCCGCAGUGCAUCAAUAGAGGCCGCCACAAUUCACAAAGCAGCCCAUGCUCUGCCGGGUGCCCCAGGUCUGACUCUCGCCUUUUCAAGGAUGACCACGACAUCCGCUUCAGCAAGAUACUAAAUUCGUGCAAGGUGCCUCAGAUCCGCUACGCCACCCUUGAGCGCCUGCUGGAACGGCUGACGGACCUGCGCUUCCUCAGCAUCGACUUCCUCAACACGUUCCUGCUGACCUACCGCGUCUUCACCUCCUGGCAGGAGAUCUUGGACACACUCAAGCGAGUCUACCGCAACCCGGACACGGUGGAGAGCCUCCUGAAUGUGAAUCCACCAUCCAGUCCUAAACUGAUGGACACGAAUCAUUCGGCCAGUAGCCCCCCACCUGUCAGCCCCAGUGUGGCCCGGUCAACCAGGCACAGCAUCACCGUCACCUCGCCGGUCAGUGUUAACCACACCACGGGAUCCAACCGGGAGUUCAUUGACACCACCACCAACGCCCGCAUGCACCCUUUCCGAAGGAGCUUCAAGAAGGCAUCAGAAAAGUCCAGUCAGGAGAACGAGGCACCAACCACGGACCUGACCACACCCCCUGCCUCCCCACCCUACAGUAAUGCCCUGACCCCACCCACCAGUCCGCGCAUCAUGGACCAGACGAGCGGCGGGCUGUCUCCCAAGCGGAUGUUGUCCACCAGCCAUUCUGCACCCAACAUAGCUGCCCUAGCAAAGGGCAUCAAAUCAGCCGAGGUGCCUGUCCCAACCUCCCCUCGCAGCUCGGUCGGUUCCCAUUUCCAGUUCAGUAGCUCCCCGCCACCCAGCAACACGGUGUCAGCCGGUGUGGUGGUCACCUCCUCCCGCCAGUCCACCCGGCGGUCGAGCUCCUCAUCAGCCAGCGCAGCCUUCGCUGCGGCCACCGCAGGGUGCAGUAACCCGAAGGACGUGAUCAUGGAGGACAAGUCCAAGGACAGAAGGAAUAGGGCCUUUGGCAGAGGCAAGUUGCAGAGCUGUCUUAGCAAGGAAGUCAUCAGUUCUGCUGCCACAGUGAGAGUCAUCAACGUCAUCCGACACUGGGUCUCUAAAUUCAGUCAGGAUUUUGAGUCCAACAGCGAGCUAAGGAAUGCAGUAAUAGAGUUCUUGGAGGAGAUUGCAUCCAAUACUAACCUCCUACCCACGGAGCACAAAGGAGCAGCCAACAUUCUCAGGCAGCUGAUGUCUGAAGACUCCACCAUCUCUCCAACGAUAGAGCAGGUGAUUGGUGUCACGCCCAGCCACCCUACCUCAUCACAUGCCUCGUUUGAAGACCUCUCCGUCUUGGAGCUUGCCGAGCAGCUGACCUUCAUUGAACACAAAAUCCUCAGGGCCAUUCCGCCGUGGGAGUUCUUGAACCAGUGCUGGAUGAAGCAGAACAAGGCAAUGAAGGCACCUCACAUUCUUGAUGUCACUAAGAGAUUCAACCAGGUCAGUAAACUGGUGGCCUCGGAGAUCUUACGACAGUCCACGGUGGUUGGGCGGGCAGCAGCCAUCGAGAAAUGGGCAGCGGUGGCCGAUAUUUGCCGCUGUAUGCACAACUACAACAGCGUGCUUGAGAUCACGUCAGCGCUGAUGAACAGCUCUGUGUAUCGCCUCAAGAAAGUCUGGGACAAGGUGCCGAAACAGACGAAAACUAUGCUGGAGAAGCUGCAGGUGCUUGUUUCAUCCGACGGACGUUUCAAGAACAUGCGAGAGGCGCUGCACAGGAUUGACCCUCCUGCCGUGCCCUACCUUGGCUUCUAUUUGACAGACCUGGCCUUCAUCGAGGAUGGUACUCCCAACGUCACUGAUGAUGAUCUCAUUAACUUCUCAAAGAUGCGUAUGAUUGCUCAUGUGAUCCGUGAGAUACGCCAUUUUCAGAAGACAUGCUACACCAUAGAAUUGGACAAAAGGGUUGCACUCUACCUGUUGGAUAGCACAUUGGUCAUGGAUGACGACGAUCUGUACGACUUGUCUCUGGAAAUAGAGCCUCGCCAGUCAACCAGAGUGCCUUCAAGUAUCUGAGGGGGGGAGCAGAUUGAUAAGUGAAGUCGUGAAGUUAGUUGAAAGGCACUCCAACCGUGGAUAAGGCUCUAAUGAGGAAGAUCGUGUGCGUGUCACUCGAAGCUGAAGCCUUCUGGUCUGCCGUGAUGACUUGUCGGUCUUUGCUAUCAGUAGAUUGAGAAGAUCCGUCAAUAGAGAUCGAGAUGGUGAGGGAUGAGGGAAUUUGUCAUUCCCCUCCGAUUGAUGGUGAAUUUGAUGUUGGAUUUCCCAUGUUGUGAGAUUCAUUGAGUUGAAGUGGUAUAGCAGGUGUGACUAGAACAAGUUUUGUAAGGUAACCAGAAAGAAUGUUUAAUAAAAGAGUGACUUGGAUCAACCUGCAGUGUGGCCUGUUGCUGGUGUUAAGUCAGAAGGAUGAGGUACGGUUUGAAUCCUCCUGGGUUUAGUUCUAGAUGUUGAAAUACUGAUACUUAUCAGUAUGGCAUUUGAGCCAUUCUAAACAUGAAGGUUCUAGAUCUAGUUGAGUCACCAGUGUUUGGUUUGGGUCCUGUUUCUUUGGGAAUUCAGAAACUAUGAACCCGAUUCAGGUUGUCUGAUUCAAAAUUUUGCCAGUUCCCAUUAUUUUUUCAUUUUUCGAAUCCUUUUAAAAAGUCUUGGCAGUGGCCAAACUUUCACUUCGUUGUUCAGUUCCGAGUCCAGAUUCCAGGACAAUUUCUGUACAAGGUAAUACGGAUGUAUACACAAAAUGUACAAUGCAAGAGUGCUUUUUAUCCCCGUGGAUGAUUGCUCUUUAAACGAGAAAGGAAAAAAUUAAAGGAGCUCAGCGGAUGGUCUUGACGCUUGAAUGAGUGAUUGGUAGCAAAGUGGAGCACUGAGUCAGUUGGGCAGGCUGCUCAAGAAUGGAUGUUGUGUGAAACUUCAGUUGGUCUGGAGGUCAGAUUGUGAAUGAAAAAAAUGGUGCAAAGCUCAUUUGAUGGUGGUGGUUGUUUUUUUUCUUUGAAAGUGCCAAUGUAAUAUUAACAUUUCUACCACCCGGCAUAUUGAAUAAGCAUUUGAUGCUGCAAUAAUAUCUUGUCAAAAUUGCACAAGCUUUAAACAGGAAGAUGAAUUGGACUUUCUGGAUAUAUUUUUCCACGUUUCAAAGGCGCGUUUCUGAGAUUUUUGAGCGAGAACAAAGAGAGAUUUCAAUUUUAAUGUUAAUGCGUUGUUGUAGGUAGUUGGUGUUGGCCAAGAUGACAUAAAUCAAUGCCCGCCCCCAGCUAACUUCAGCUGUAUGAUAUUAUGGUCUUUGUGUAAAGUAUUGCAUUUCUGUAAACUAUUCGGUGGUUUGUUUGAGGUAUAUUUUGUGGCCCGUGAAGGGUGGAGUGAUAUUUAUAUGUGUCCUGCAAACACGAGCAGGAGGAACUCUGGAUGCUCAAGACGCCUGGAAAUUUCUUACUGACAGAGGUCCACUGGUUUUCACGGACAACUUGCAUGAGAAUGCUGUGGAGAUGCACGUACCUCACGAAUAGCCAGUGUCUGUAGUGGCGUGGGUUUCAAACAUUGUUGGUUUGCUGGUCAAAUUUGCAUCACUCGAUGAUAGUUUUCGGUUUGAAAUGUCAACAGCGCUGAUUCCUGUGUUUUUGCGAUUCAUGAUGGUAUGAAGCAUGCUCGGGAUUUGACUGGCUAUAGUGUAAGAAACAGGAGUUUUCCGGGACAUUGCCCCCCCCCUCCCCAUUUUAAACUCACCAAAUUUAUUCGUUAAAUGCAUUAGGCCUUUUUCUGCAAAGCUUCUCACGCUCUAGAAAAAAGAACAAUGGUGGCCCAACAGGUUUAUAUUAAGCUCGGUAUUUGUCAAAGUAUCUACCGCCUCCACUUCUUGAUCUCUGGCCGGAGCAGAUCCAGGUUCCUGUCUGAAGUUCAUUCCCAUUUUGUGUCACAGUUGCAGUUGUAUCGAUUGCUUACCAGUAGCAGAUAAAUUAUGUUCAAAAGCAAAAGAAUAAUUCGCAAGGUACUAAAGAGUUGCACACGGCCAUAACAUGUAAGAAAUAUUUGUACUACCGAAUCAUGCAAAUACCAAUACUGCCCUCUUUAAAAAUAAAGAGGGCAGAUGUACAUUAAUAGAGGCGAAACCUCACUCCAACCCAGGGCGAUACUUCUCUAAGUUUUUGCCGGCCAUGCGGAUAGUAGGCAGUUGCAGAGAGACCAUUUGUGGUCACCAAACACUGUUCAGCGCCGUCCAACCCACAGUAUUAACUAGUUAUGAGACUCUUGUUGUAAUUGUUGAUUAAAAGAUGACGUCACACUAGGAACUUGUGUUUGAACAGGGUGCCCAACGGUGCAAUAUUGCAAAGUUCUGCCAUCUCUAAGGUGAGCUAAAUACAUUUUAAUACAGUUGGACGCGAGUCAGGGUGGACCCACCUUGCAAUUCUGACUUGCUGGUCAGUGAUUCAUUGAAUGAUAGAUAUCCGUUUUCCUUUUUUCUGGAACUAUAUUUGUGAGCUUCGACAUGAAACCUUGGAUGCGAGAUAGACAUGUUUAUGUAAACACGGUUAAUACGCAUUUGUAAGCAUUGGAUUUCGGAGGAUUUGAGUCUUCUAAUUUAUUGUGGCUCGAAAACAAAAUGGAAAGACUAGACGGGAUUGUUGACAAAUAGGGUUGAGACAUUUCCCAACAAUAAUUGAUCGAACUAAAAAUAAUAGUACUGAUAUUUUUCUGCAAUGGUCAGCAUUAUGGACUGGGCCUAAGUAUUACACAUCUUGUAGUACCCAGCAAUGUGCUGUAAUAUUGGCAUGAGCUAAAACCUUUCUCCAGCAAGUUGUGGUUUUAUAACAAAGGGCGUGGCAGCUUUUUUUUGGGGGGGAGACGCCUUUUGAACAGAAAAGAUAGAGAAAACAAUUCCAUAGCCCAAAGGUAUUGUGAACUAAAGCCCGGCUUAAUUCCACACUUAUGCAUGUACAUAACGCAGCAGAAAUCUGUUUGAAUUUUUCAUUCAAUGAACUCGUGUGUGAGACUCUGUACGUAACUGAAUACCUUUUUUACGAUAGGCUAUAUAGCGCCGAUCACGUUACACAAAAAAAGACUACGAGUUUCUAUCUUUAUUGCAUGAAAGAAAUCUUGCCAAACGUGAACUCAGUUGGGAGAAAUUGAUUUCCCAAGUGAUUGGAAUCUCACUUUUGAAGGGGACCUGCACUUAUACUUUUGAGAAUAGUGUAUUGUGGCUGAUUAAUGAGAAAAUUGUUAAUACGACUCAAAUUGAGUAGGCCGGUUGAAUCUUUGGGAUGUCUUGACAGUGCAGUUGAGUGUUAAAUUAAGAAUUUAUAUCUUUAUGUAUGUGUAUUGAAUUUAGUUGGUUUCGUAACAUGUAUUGAAAGUGUUAAAAGACACUGAACCGAAUGCUUAUUAUAUAAAGAAGCCACUCAUACAUGAAUUUUAAAUGUUGCCUUGAUGCAUAUGCACUCAGACUCCGUAUAGUGUAAUUCGACCGCCAGAAUUAGAAGCCAUCACUGCGGUGACACAACGCUCGUGGGCAGGUGGUACGCGCGCGUUACAUGCCUCUUCGACCAACAGGGUGUCAUGAUUUGUCAAAAUGUACGCGCCCGUCAAGCUGAAGAAUGUGCGUGUGAGUGCGGUGCCACCACAGUCAUGGCGUCUAAUCGGAUUAGGCUAUACGUGCACUGUUACAAGUAUUUUGCAAAUAGUAGAUUGUAGUUUUGAAAGAAGUAAAUUUGCAGACAACUUAUUUGCAUCGUCUAAGCGCUUACAGUAUUCUUUGUUACAUUGUCUUUAAUUUUUCCUUCUGCGUAAUUUUUUUUAAUUUUUUUUCCUUCAGCCAAUACAAUAUUACCUUAGAAGUCUAAGCGUGCAAUGAAAUGUUUUACAUUAUACAUCAUUGUACAUUUUCCCAAGUUAUUUCCCCCCUCUCAAAGCUUCUUUUGUUAUAUUAUUCUGUAUAGUUUUUCCUUCUACAUUCUAUUUCAUAUUUAUGUGACCGGUGCGGGCACUCUUAGUUCUGUAUUUAUUUUAGGAAAUAUUUUUGUUAUGACGUAAAUCAAACAAAAUUUUUAUAUUGAAAUUGCAUAAUCAAGUUUUCUAUAAUUUAAUGACAGAUAUAUGAAAUCUUGCACGUGUAUAUUUCCUCUUGUAAACAAUGGUCGUGUACAUAUUAUAGAGUCAAUUUCAAAAGUAAUAUAUUUGAAUUCGUAAAGGCUACUUCUAUUGACGAUUUAAUCAACGAUGUUAUGCUUAUUUUGAAAUAACUUCGGAACAUUGUGUAGUGGAUUUAUCAGGAUAUUUAUGCACAUUUUCUCAUGUAUUGUAAAUAUGUUAGAGUUCGAUGCUUGUGUGAAAAAUUGCUUGAAAACGGCUGUUGACUUCGUCGUCCACUUGGACAUUUCAGAUUGAACCUUUAAUCCAAAUAAUGCUUUAUUUUACAUUUUGCAAUUCCUUAGGAGAUAGUUCUCCAUUGAGGUGUUUAUAUUUGUCGACCAGAAUGGAAUUCAUCUUCGGUACACUUUUGUCAUCGGUAAUUGAAUUUGAAAAAUAAAAGUUUCUUGCAGCUUUACGGGAAAUGGAACUU